GAACCUGUACUGGUACUGUACCCGUAAGCUUACUGUACAGGACCUACGUUAGGACAUGACACUGUCCUAUCACAUACUACCACCGACGGCUCCUAGCAAUUAGGUCGAUCGAUCGCACGGGAACGAGAACGAAGAGGUGGUGCGCGCACGUCGUAUGCAACGGUGUCGGGAUUGGGCUCGUUUCCAUCCCAGUUCGAAUCCAACACAGCUCGAAGCAGUCGGCCAUGCAGCGGUUGCGGUACCUCCACGUGCAAGGUCACCACCAUGAUGCACGCUGUCAUAAGGGAUACAAAACAUGGCAACCUCGAGUCCGAGGUAUCAUGACGGUCGACGCUUGAAGGACUACGAAUGGGCAAUCCAACACAUACUCCGCCAUCAUGCAACAGUCACACAAGGUAAAAAAGCCCACAAUUCAAACAUCACGAUGGCCUCGAAAUCAAACUACAUCACGAUGGCAUCUCCUUCCGCCACGUCAUUUGAGACACCUGACGGCGCGUCCACACCUACGGUUGCAGUGGCCAAGCUCCAUCGAGCCAACCGCAUUGCGAUGAUCGUAUUUCUCCUUUGCAGUAUCACAGGGGUGGUGCUAUGGUACGUCUUUGAUACGCCAGUGGGCCAUUUUACUCGAAGCCCCCCCGCCAACACUGCUGGGGCAUGCCACGCCUGUGCCCUGCUCAACACUACCACCAACGCCGUGAAUCGCCACCAGUCGCAGUACUACUACUUCAACGAAUGUGUGAGUACGACCUUCCAAAUGGAAAAAUAUGGUAUCCGGAUUUGA